UUUUCUGUUCUGGUCAAGGAUUUAGAAUAUCUGUCAGUACGUUAUUAAGCCUUGGAGAUGGUAAAUCAGGGUGUGGAUAUAAAGAAACAACAAUCAUGCAUGGAACUACAAAACAAACUAUGAGUUCAGAGAAUUUUUAAAACGUGUGAAAGGGAGCACUUGUUUCAUACCUGCGCCUGGUAGGGUGGGGUAGAUAGGUGGAGUUUGUCCCACACUUGAAAUAAAAGCUUACCUACAGGUAGCCAAGAACUCAUUGAAUAAGCUUUUUUCCUUCUCUCUCCUUUUUGUUCUCACAAAAUGUCCUAAAUAUCAUUGUGCCAAAGAGGACAAAGAGGAGAGGACAUUGUGGAACUCUCAAGAAGGGUUUUUUACAGCAGGUUCACAUUGCAGAUUAUAACUACUGAGAGCAAAUAAAGACACACCUGAGAAGGCAUCAACACUGAACUCCCACUGCUUGCAAUGCAAAUAGGGUGACAACAAAGUGGAAACUACAGAGAACACACUUAAGACCAAGAUGACCACCAAGAAGGCAGAUGUCCAACGGAGGAUCGUCUCCAAGAAUGGACACAACCAAGUGCGCAUUGACAACGUGGAGGGCAUGGUGAAGAUCUACCUCCACGACAUCUGGACCACGGUGGUAGACAUGAAGUGGCGCUAUAAGCUCACCCUCUUCUCCUCCACUUUCAUAAUGACCUGGUUCCUCUUUGGCGUCAUCUUCUACUUUAUUGGCAUGGGCAACGGUGACUUCGAGGGUGAGUUGCUGUCCAACCACACGCCCUGUGUCAUGAACGUCGCGACCCUAACCGGUGCCUUCCUCUUUUCCCUGGAGUCGCAGACCACCAUUGGCUACGGCUUCCGCUACAUCACCGACGAGUGUCCGCUGGCCAUCUUCGUCCUGCUGGUCCAGCUGGUCACCACGGGCCUGGCUGAGAUCUUUGUAACCGGGGCCUUUCUGGCCAAGCUGGCGCGACCCAAAAAGCGGGCCGAGACCAUCAAGUUCAGCCAGUUGGCAGUGAUCUGCCGCCACAAUGGUAAACUAUGUCUGAUGGUGCGUGUGGCCAACUUGAGGAAGAGCCUGCUGAUCCAGUGCCAGCUGAUGGGCAAGCUGCUCUCACCCAAUGUGACUGAGGAGGGCGAGAAGACUCUGAUCCGCCAGACGGCUGUGGACUUCUACAUAGACUCGUGCGGGGAGUGCCCCUUCCUAAUCCUGCCCCUCACAUUCUACCACGUGCUGGAUGAGAGUAGCCCCCUGGCGGGACUGACUGCCGAGAGGUUGCGGACGCGUGACUUUGAGCUGCUGGUCACCCUUAAUGCCACCAUGGAGUCCACGGCAGCCACUUGUCAGAGCCGCACCUCAUACGUUCCCCAGGAGAUCCUGUGGGACUACAAGUUCAAGCCUGUGCUCUUCAGCACCCCUGGUGGCCAGUAUGUGGCCGACUUUAACUUCUUUGACAAGGUGCAGGUGAGCAGCGACCCUACACUCCCCAGCAACAACAAAGAUAAGCUGGAACUAGAGGAGUACAAGAAGGAAUAAGAGGUCCCUCAAACAUGUUGGACACUGGUAAUAAACAUGACCCACAGUUACUGUCUGUUAACAAUUUGUAAACACGCAUUACGGAAAUAUAUCUGUUUUUAUUUCAUAUAACUGCUAAACCCAAUACGCAUGAGUGAAUGAUGACACUUUUAGGCAAAUAAACUCAUGUUCAACAUGAUCAGUAUGUAUCUGGACAGAGUAAAUUCAGGUGCAGUAUAUUACUAGCACAUCGUUUGGAUCCACAAGCCAUAUAAUAGGAGAAUAUGGACAUACAGGCAAAACAAGGACUGGGUCUCAGGUGCCAGUGUUUGAGUGGAACUGUAGCAGCAACUAUUGCUGUACUAGACAUAUUUAACCUGUACAACCUGUACAAGAGCAGAUGGGGAUAGAACAAAACUUUUUUAGUGUGUAGCGCUUAAGAGCUGUGUUUUUUCUAUCUAUGAAUAAAUCAUUGACUUUGAAGAAGAUAUGUUUCAUAUGCCAUUAUGAGAUUGAAGGGAUGUUUUUAUCCCCCUUCCCAUUACCCCCAUCCCACACUGCUCUACUCCUCAUCUCUUAGGGUGCGCCAAAUAAGGGCUCUACUCAAUCCGUAUCGCAAAAGUUCCAAGUUACAGCGUGAUUGAAUUUUAAAGGCAAUGGAGACUGCAUUCACGGCAAACGCUGCAUUUGUCGGCUCAAUCGGAAAUUACCUUUACAUUUCUAUUGUGCAAUCUGCAAUGCUUCAGCGAUACAGAUUGAAUCGAACCCGAGGUCUGUCGUUUGGUUGUUGGCACACACUGAACGUUUUGGGUCAAAACAAUGAGAGCAACUUCUCUUUACUGUAUGCA